AGGCCCGUCCCGGGUCGGCCGUUCUUUAGCGCCGAAUCGACCCGUCAUCGAGAAAACAUGAGAAAAAGCCUGCUGCCGUGCCCCCGGAGAUCGCGAACGAUAACCGCCGCGGUGCCGCCGCCCCCGCCCGCGGUGCCGCCGCCACAGCUAUGUGACCGACGACCUCCUCGCCCCCAUUUCAAAACCCUAGUCGAGCACCAGGAUCAGUCGCAGAGCUCGAGAGACAUGGAUCAGUCGCUGCUGCUGGUGCUCUCCAACCUGCUCCACCUCCACAACCACCUCGACCCCACCACCUCCCUCCUCUCCACCACCUCCUCCUCCGCCGCCACCCCCUCCGCCAGCUCCCCGACCUCCCUCCUCUCCUCCUCCUCCGCCGCCCCGCUCCUCUUCUUCACCAUCGCCUCCGUGCUCUCCUACGUCGCCUCCUCCUCCGCCGCCUCCGCAAACCCUAAGUCCAAGGGUAACCCUAAUUCCGGUCCCUCGAAGGCCGGCCCGCCGUCCCCGUCCUCCGACUUCUCCGUCGCCGCCUUCCGCGCCCUCUCCACCGAGCACAUCUGGUCCCUGGAGCCCCCGCUCCGCGACGCGCGGUGGCGCUCGCUGUUCGGCCUUUCGUACCCGGUCUUCACCACCGUCGUCGACAAGCUCCGCCCCUUCAUCGCCGCCUCCAACCUCUCCCUCCCCUCCGAUUACGCCGUCGCCAUGGUCCUCUCCCGCCUCGCCCACGGCCAUUCCGCGAAGGCGGUGGCGUCCCGCUGCUCCCUCGACCCGUUCCUCGUCUCCAAGAUCACUAACAUGGUCACGCGCCUCUUGGCGACGAAGCUGUACCCGGAAUUUAUCAAAAUCCCGGUCAGCCGCCGCAGAUUGGUCGAGGCGACUCAGGCCUUUGAAGAGCUCACCGCUUUGCCCAACGUUUGCGGGGCUGUUGAUGGGAGCGCCAUCAAGCUUCACCGACUUCCGCGAGACCGGGUUUCUUCAAGUUCUUAUAGAUGCAAAUAUGGUUAUGAUUCGGUUUUGCUACAGGUCGUGGCUGAUCACAAGAAGAUUUUCUGGGAUGUUUGUGUUAAGGCACCUGGUGCGACUGAGGAUGCUACUCAUUUUAGAGAUAGUUUGUUGUACAAUAGGCUCACUUCAGGGGAUAUAGUCUGGGAUAAGGUGAUAAAUAUAAGGGGUCAUCAUGUUAGACCUUAUAUAGUUGGGGAUUGGUGUUAUCCCUUGAUGUCUUUUAUGAUGACUCCCUUUAAUUCGAAAGGGACGGGCACUCCGGCUCAGAAUUUGUUCGAUGGGAUGCUGAUGAAAGGGCGGUCUAUGGUGGUGGAAGCCAUUAGACUUCUGAAAGGGAGGUGGAGGAUUCUUCAGGACUUGAAUGUGGGUCUCAAUCACGCACCACAGACUAUUGUUGCUUGUUGCGUGUUGCAUAAUUUGUGUCAGAUUGCUAGAGAACCGGAGCCGGAUACUGCCAGGGAGCCUGAUGAGAUCGGUGCACCAGCUAGGGCGCUUGAAAGUGAGAAGUCGUUCUUCUAUCAUGGGCAAAACUUGAGGCAGGCGCUGGCCGAUGAGUUACACCAGCGACUUUCGUCAAGAUAAGGAGAUCACUUGUCAUCUUCUUUUGUGCUGCGAGAAUAAGGUCUCUUAGUCCUAUUAGCUUCAACCUGUUCCCGGUGAUGGGUUUGUUUCUUACGUUUAUUGACCUAUCAGAGGGCAUUAGAAUAUCUUUUGUGGAGAGUGGAACCUACAUCUGGUGCAACCUCUUUGUAUGUCGUUAGGAUGCUGAUGCUAACCUAGGAAUGUACUUUAAAGAUUGGUGAUUGUAUGUACUCUAGAAUGCAGUAAUUGCAACCAUUUAUCUGCACCUGAGAGUUCUUUCAUCAUUUUCAGAAGUUCUCUAUGAGCUACUUGUUGACUUUUAUGAUGUUCUCUUACUGGCUAGAAAGAAUGUUAUUAGCUUCCCCCUUGUAAA